CCAAAGGGCCCUGAUGGCUCUAGGGGGCCCGGUGCAGUGUUACCCCCCCGACCCGGGGCAUUGCCAGGCUCCUCAUCCCGGCCUGGUGCUCAUGUCCACCCCAUGCAGAGCUGGCCCUGCUUGCCUGCAUGGCUGUGCGUGUGUCCCCCUCGUGUGUCCGUGUCCAGCGGUGCUUGCCCCUCUCCCCAUGUGCACCCCUCUCUGCUGGGCCGUGCCAUCCCGCCGUGGGUCUUUCCUUGCAGCCCUACCCCACAGUCCAUCCUGAGAACCUUGCUCCAGCCCCUCUUCUCUCCAGGUUCUCCAGCCCCUCUUCUCUCCGCAGCCGCUGACCUGCCAGGAUGGUGGUGCUGGGGGGCUACUGUGAGGGCAACAGCUCCAUCGCCCACGCCUGGGUCCAGCAGGGCUUCCAGCCCUGCUUCUUCUUCACACUGGUGCCGGCCGUGCUGCUGAGCGUCUGCCUGCUGCUGGGCGCCCUGCAGUACGCCUGCUACGUCCGCUUCGGCCGCCCCAUGGAGCCCAAGUACAUCCCCCGCUCCCGCCUCUACCACAGCCAGGUCCUGCUGUCCCUGCUCCUGGCCCUGCAGCCCUUCGGGGGGCUGCUGUGGCAAGUGGGGGGCCUGGGACGGCUGUACGGGUACAUGUUGCUGCACGCCUGCCUCUGGGCCCUCAGCUGGGGCUGCGCCGUCGCCCUCCUGCAGCUGGAACACACGCGGGUGCUGACACAGGACCGGACACGGGGCCACGGCACCGUCCUCCUCCUCUUCUGGGCGCUGGCUUUCGCCGCCGAGAACCUGACCCUGGUGUGCUGGAGGAGCCCGCUGUGGUGGUGGGCGCUGGAGGACACCAACCAGAAGGUGCAGUUCGGCUUCUGGCUGCUAAGAUACAUCUGCACGUUCAUGCUCUUCAUCCUGGGCAUGAAGGCCCCGGGGCUGCCCCACAAGCCCUACAUGCUGCUGGUCAACGAGGAGGAGCGGGACGUGGAGAGCAGCCAGCUCCUGCCCGACUCUGGCAGGACCACCUCCACCUGGAAGGAUUUCCGGAGGAAGCUGCGGCUGCUGGUGCCCUACAUGUGGCCGAAGGGCAACCACCUGCUGCAGGGGCUGGUCCUGUUCUGCAUGGCACUCAUGGGGCUGGAGAGGGCCAUCAACGUCUUCGUCCCCAUCUACUACAAGAACAUUGUGAACGAGCUGACGGUGGGUGCUCCCUGGCACACCCUGGCCUGGACUGUCUGCACCUACGUGGGGCUGAAGUUCCUGCAGGGCGGAGGUGCUGGCUCCACCGGCUUCGUGAGCAACCUGCGCACCUUCCUGUGGGUGUGGGUGCAGCAGUUCACCAACCGGCAGGUCCAGGUCCAGCUCUUCGCCCACCUGCACGGGCUGUCCCUGCGCUGGCACCUGGGGCGUCGCACUGGCGAGGUCCUGCGCAGCGUGGACCGGGGCACCAGCAGCAUCAACAGCCUGCUCAGCUACAUCGUCUUCAGCAUUGUCCCCACCAUCGCGGACAUUGUCAUCGGCAUCGUUUACUUCACCUCGGUCUUCAGUGCCUGGUUUGGCCUCAUCAUCUUCGUGUGUAUGAGCCUCUACCUGACUCUGACCAUCUUUAUCACCGAGUGGAGGACCAAGUACCGGCGGGACAUGAACACGCGGGACAACGAGGCCAAGUCCCGGGCCGUGGACUCGCUCCUCAACUUCGAGACGGUGAAGUACUACAAUGCCGAGAGCUAUGAGGUGAACCGCUUUAACGAUGCCAUUGUCAAGUACCAGGUCUCGGAGUGGAAGGUGAGCGCCUCGCUGGGCCUCCUCAACCAAACCCAGAACCUGGUCAUCGGCCUGGGGCUGCUGGCGGGAUCCCUGCUCUGUGCCUACUUUGUCACCGAAAACAAGCUGCAGGUGGGGGACUUUGUCCUCUUUGGCACCUACAUCAUCCAGCUCUACACACCACUCAACUGGUUUGGGACUUACUACAGGAUGAUCCAGAACUCCUUUGUAGACAUGGAGAACAUGUUCGAGCUCUUCAAUGAGGAGCAGGAGGUGAAGGAUGUGGUGAACGCCGGUGACCUGCGCUUGGAGGCUGGGCGGAUCGAGUUUGAGAACGUGCACUUCAGCUACGUGGAUGGGAAGGAAAUCCUGCAGGACGUCUCCUUCUCUGUGAUGCCCGGGCAGACCCUGGCCCUGGUGGGACCUUCAGGCUCAGGGAAGAGCACCAUCAUCCGCCUGCUCUUCCGCUUCUACGACGUGCGGGGUGGCUGCAUCCGCAUCGACGGGCAGGACAUCUCCCAGGUGAAGCAGGCGUCGCUGCGCGCUCACAUCGGGGUGGUGCCCCAGGACACGGUGCUCUUCAACGACACCAUCGCCAACAACAUCCGCUACGGACGCAUCUUGGCCACUGACCAGGAGGUGCAGGAGGCAGCUCGGGCUGCUGACAUCCACGACCGCAUCCUUUCCUUCCCUGACGGAUACAACACCCAGGUGGGGGAGCGGGGGCUGAAGCUGAGCGGGGGGGAGAAGCAGCGCGUCGCCAUCGCACGCACCAUCCUGAAGGGUCCCCGCAUCAUCCUGCUGGACGAGGCCACGUCUGCCCUCGACACGGAGACCGAGAGGAACAUCCAGGCCUCCCUGGCCAAAGUCUGCGCCCACCGCACCACCAUCGUCGUUGCACACAGGCUCUCCACCGUGGUGGGGGCAGACCAGAUCCUGGUGCUCAAGGAUGGGCGCAUCGCGGAGCGAGGGAGGCACGAGGAGCUGCUUCAGAAGGGGGGUGUGUACGCUGGCAUGUGGCUGCAGCAGCAGGCUGGGGACGAGGGCGAGAGCAAGGAGCACCGCAGCGAGAAGCCCCUGGGCAGCAAGAAGGGUCCGUGAGCAUGGAUGGGAACUCUGCUGUGACACUGACCCGGGGCCCAGGACCCCACGCUGCCAGGGAGCCCUUCGCCGGCUGCGGGACAGGGCCACGCGUGCCCCAGGAGCUGCAGGGGCUGGGUUGGACACUCCAGUACGUUUGUACCCGUUUGUUUUGCUGUUGUGUAGUUUCUUAAACCAGGUCCUUCCCA